AUACCAUUCUGUUAUCUGAAACAGGCUGUAGCACUAGGAAGCUCGGACGUCAUUUCAAAAAGGCGCCCACGUUCCAUCGUCUGAUUCCUCGCGCAAGUAUGCCUGCGGUAAUGAAAAUUCUACUGAUGGAGGUACUACUGCCGCUUUCGAUAAUUUGGGCAACGCCUAUGGAUCCCUGCGAUUCUAAGCUGAACCCUAGAGACUUGGCGAAAGCUGGAAGAGAAACUACAGAUACUUUUUUUGCUUGCAAGAGUGAAAUAAUGGAUAUGAACAUCAAGCCGUCUUUUAUACACGAACUUCGUCGGGCGUGCGUCGUCGUUAGACUGUGUCACGCUGACACUCAGCAGUAUUGGAAGAACAGGACUGCCUUCAAUAAAGCCAUGGGGGAUUGCAUGCUCAAAGCAGGCAGUUACUUCGACGCAGUGUACCCGGUUUUCAAGGAGAAGUACAAUAUUGUAUUGAAAGACAUACUGACCAGAUUUAACAACUGCUACAAUUGGUCACCUGACGUGAGGUACAUCCUGUUCGCCAUGAGGUGGCUCCGAGACAUGAUGUCUGGGUGAAUUCCACAUCCUGCAAGACGGAUCUGCAUUGCUGCAAAUAAAGACCUCCUAAGUAUUUUAC